GACAUUUAAUGUUGAGGCACCAUGCCAAACUGUGGAAGAUUUAACGAAUGGGGUUGUGAUGGCCCAGGUGCUUCAAAAAAUAGAUCCAGCUUACUUUGAUGAAAAUUGGCUGAACAGGAUCAAAACAGAAGUAGGAGAUAAUUGGAGGCUAAAGGUAAGCAACCUGAAGAAAAUCUUAAAAGGAAUAUUGGAUUACAACCAUGAGAUUCUGGGGCAACAGAUUAAUGACUUCACCCUUCCUGAUGUUAACCUGAUUGGAGAGCAUGCUGAUGCUGCAGAGCUUGGGAGAAUGCUUCAGCUUAUUUUGGGAUGCGCUGUGAAUUGUGAACAGAAGCAAGAGUACAUCCAGACCAUAAUGAUGAUGGAAGAAUCGGUUCAACAUGUUGUCAUGACAGCCAUUCAGGAGUUGAUGAGUAAAGAGUCUCCAGUCUCUGUUGGAAAUGAUGCUUACGUUGACCUUGAUCGGCAGCUGAAGAAAACUACAGAAGAAUUAAAUGAAGCACUAGCAACAAAAGAAGAAAUAGCCCAAAGAUGUCAUGAAUUAGAUAUGCAGGUUGCAGCCCUCCAGGAGGAGAAGAGCAGCUUGCUCGCCGAGAAUCAGAUUUUGAUGGAACGUUUAAAUCAAUCUGAUUCUAUUGAAGAUCCCAACAGCCCUGCAGGUCGUAGGCACUUGCAGCUGCAGACACAACUAGAGCAACUCCAAGAGGAAACAUUCAGAUUAGAAGCUGCCAAAGAUGACUAUCGUAUACGCUGUGAAGAACUAGAAAAGGAAAUUGCCGAAUUGAGACAACAAACAGAAGAGCUUACUACCUUGGCAGAGGAGGCUCAGUCUUUGAAGGAUGAGAUAGAUGUACUCAGGCAUUCUUCUGAUAAAGUAGCCAAGUUAGAAAGCCAAGUAGAGUCAUACAAAAAGAAAUUGGAAGACCUGGGUGAUUUGCGAAGGCAAGUGAAACUCUUAGAAGAGAAGAAUACAAUGUACAUGCAAAAUACCGUGAGCCUGGAAGAAGAACUAAGGAAGGCCAAUGCAGCACGCAGUCAGCUGGAAACAUACAAGAGACAGGCAGUUGAACUACAAAACAGGUUAUCUGAAGAAUCCAAGAAAGCUGAUAAAUUAGAUUAUGAAUGCAAACGACUGAAAGAAAAAGUAGACAGCCUCCAAAAAGAAAAAGAUAGAUUAAGAACAGAAAGGGAUUCUUUGAAAGAAACUAUUGAAGAGCUCAGAUGUGUACAAGCUCAGGAGGGUCAACUCACCACUACAGGAUUGAUGCCUCUGGGAAGACAAGAGCCUUCAGACAGUUUAGCAGCAGAAAUUGUUACUCCUGAAAUAAAGGAGAAACUCAUUCGCCUUCAGCAUGAGAACAAGAUGUUAAAGUUGAACCAAGAAGGUUCUGACAAUGAAAAGAUCGCCUUGUUGCAGAGCCUUCUUGAUGAUGCAAACUUAAGGAAGAAUGAAUUGGAGACAGAAAACAGAUUGGUAAAUCAGAGACUUCUAGAAGUGCAGUCCCAGGUUGAAGAACUACAAAAAUCUUUGCAGGAUCAAGGUUCAAAAGCUGAAGAUUCAAUUCUUCUGAAAAAGAAACUUGAAGAACAUCUUGAGAAGCUCCAUGAAGCUAACAAUGAGCUACAGAAGAAACGAGCUAUUAUUGAAGAUUUGGAACCAAGAUGCAAUAACAGUUCACUCAAAAUUGAAGAAUUACAAGAAGCUUUACGGAAAAAGGAGGAGGAAAUGAAGCAAAUGGAAGAGCGAUACAAAAAGUAUUUGGAAAAGGCCAAAAGUGUCAUCCGCACCUUAGAUCCUAAACAGAACCAGGGUGCAGCUCCUGAGAUUCAGGCUCUGAAAAAUCAGUUGCAGGAGCGGGACAGAAUGUUUCAUUCAUUGGAGAAAGAAUAUGAAAAAACAAAAAGUCAAAGAGAGAUGGAGGAGAAAUUUAUUGUUAGUGCCUGGUACAAUAUGGGAAUGACUCUGCAUAAAAAGGCAGCAGAAGAUAGACUGGCUAGUACAGGCUCAGGACAGUCCUUCCUGGCUAGACAAAGGCAAGCCACGAGCACAAGGAGAUCUUACCCUGGUCAUGUCCAGCCAGCAACAGCAAGGUAGAGAAGCCUUGCCCUUAGAAAGAAAACUGCCCUGUGAUCCAGGCCACUUCUGUUGCAAGUGACAACAUUCAAGAAAAAUCAGCCAGC